AUGCGUAAAGCAUCGCAGAGCCUAGCCGUGAAUCCCUUAAACAGAACAAAUGAAAGCAUAGAUGCCCGCCCAAAAGCAACUUCUCCUGUCCCAGAGUCUCAUGAUAAAGAAGCUGCUGAAAAGACUAAGAAACGACAGAGCUUCAUCGUUCGAACUCGAUGGACAUUUAUCAUGAUUGGAGGCUUCCUAUUGUGUCUCUUAGCUGGACAUGCAUAUAUGAUCAUGCUCGUGAUGCUCUGCCAAACGCUCGUUUAUCGAGAAGUGACUGCGCUGUUUACUUCUGUUACUACCAAAUCUGGUAGUGAUAGGUCAAAAGGAAAGGAUCCAUGGAGCAAGACUUUGAACUGGUAUUUCUUUGUCGUAACGAACUUUUUCCUGUACGGGGAAAGCAUUAUCUAUUACUUCAAGCACGUCGUCUUUGCAGAUUGGCACUUUUCGCUUUUUGCGGCAAACCAUCGAUUCACGAGUUUCAUACUGUAUAUGAUAGGCUUCGUUGGAUUUGUUGCCUCGUUACAGCGAGGACAUCUCAAGUCCCAGUUCGGGCUCUUUUGUUGGGUUCAUAUGUCGUUACUCGUGAUCGUAGUAUCAAGUCACUUUAUCAUGAAUAAUAUCCUGGAGGGACUGAUCUGGUUCUGGGUGCCCGCCUCUCUGGUCAUUUGCAAUGACAUCUUCGCCUAUAUCUGGGGUAUCACAAUGGGUAGAACACCACUCAUCCAACUCUCGCCAAAGAAAACCGUCGAAGGUUUUGUUGGGGCGUUCUUCUCAACGAUCGUCUUCGGCCAUCUUUGGGGUGUAUUCUUCAUGCGUUUUAACUACAUGACUUGUCCUGCCCAGAACCUUGGCGUCAACGCAUUUUCGGACAUUUCAUGCACGCCAAACCCAGUGUUUCUAUGGCAUUCAUGGGUGAUCCCUGCUCCACUGCGGGUCGUCCUAUCUGCGUUGCCAGGCCUUGGUGGCGUUGAGACAAUACCUUAUACUCCAUACCAGUUCCACCUCCUCAUAAUGAGCUGCUUCGCGUCUCUCGUUGCGCCAUUCGGAGGAUUCUUUGCUAGUGGUUUCAAGCGUGCUUUUAAUAUCAAGGAUUUCGGGCAUAGCAUCCCCGGGCAUGGCGGAAUGACCGAUAGGAUGGAUUGCCAGUUCCUCAUGGGCAUUUUCACAUACGUCUAUUAUAGUAGCGUUGUCAAAGUGCAUCACGUCACUGUCGGGCAUGUACUACAGCUUAUCGUCUCCGGGCUUACGCUUGAUGAGCAGAUUGAGCUCAUGGGAGACUUCAAGCGUUAUUUGGAGGGCCGAGGCAUAACUGUUUGA